AUGAAGGGAAGUGAAAAAGUCAUCGAGCGCCUGAACGAAGCACUGUUUCUGGAACUCGGCGCGAUCAACCAGUACUGGCUGCACUACCGCCUUUUGAGCGACUGGGGUUUCACGCGCCUUGCGAAAAAAGAGCGCGAGGAAUCGAUCGAGGAAAUGCAGCAUGCGGACAAGCUGACCGACAGGAUCAUUUUCCUGGAAGGUCACCCGAACAUGCAGAAGGUUGCACCACUGCGCAUCGGCCAGAACGUCAAGGAAGUUCUGGAAUCAGAUCUUGCAGGCGAAUACGACGCCCGCGCAUCUUACAAGACGUCGCGCGACAUCUGCCGCGAUGAAGGUGACUAUGUAUCCAUGGGCCUGUUCGAAGAGCUUCUGGCCGACGAGGAAGGGCACAUCGAUUUCCUCGAAACACAGCUGGAACUUCUCGGAAAAAUCGGUGAGGAGCGCUACGGCAUGCUGAAUGCAGCGCCGGCAGAUGAAGCUGAAUAA